UGGUAGAGUUAAGAUGGCGGCGUGUGGUUAAGGAGGUAGCAGUUUAAGGCUCUAGCUUUCCAUUCGUUUAACUCGAAUUAUAUGAACCCUCAUCACCACAGUUAACGCGAAAAGACAGUUUCACUCGUUUCUUCCAACUGUUCGUCUUAUUCUGGAUUGAACUCAUGACGUCUAUACACUUCGUGGUUCAUCCGUUGCCCGGGACCGAGGACCAGCUCAAUGACAGAUUACGGGAAGUUUCUGAGAAACUCAACAAAUACAACCUAAACAGUUAUCCCCCUCUGAAUGUGUUGGAACAGGCCACCAUUAAACAGUGUGUUGUGGGACCAAAUCAUGCUGCAUUUCUUCUGGAGGAUGGUCGCAUCUGUAGAAUUGGUUUCGCAGUUCAGCCUGACAGGUUGGAACUGGGUAAACCUGAUGGCAAUGAUGGUUCAAAGUUGAUCAGUGGUUCAGGGACAGGAAGGACUUCCAGGCCAGGCAGGACAAGUGAUCCGCCAUGGUUUCUGUCUGGUUCUGACACACUGGGCAGGCUGGCAGGCAAUACCCUUGGGAGCCGCUGGAGCUCUGGGGUGAAUGGAGGUGGAGGUGGCUCCUCUGGAAGAUCCUCCACAGCAGCGAGAGACUCGAGGCGUCAGACCAGAGUGAUUCGCACUGGGCGUGAUAGGGGAUCAGGGCUCCUGGGCAGUCAGCCUCAGCCUGUCAUCCCAGCAUCAGUCAUUCCUGAGGAACUCAUCUCCCAGGCCCAGGUUGUACUGCAGGGAAAGUCCAGGAGUGUGAUCAUUCGUGAACUACAGAGAACUAAUCUGGAUGUAAAUCUUGCUGUAAACAACUUGCUGAGUCGGGAUGAUGAGGAUGGAGAUGAUGGUGACGACACAGCAAGUGAAUCUUAUUUACCCGGAGAGGAUCUAAUGUCUCUGCUAGAUGCAGACAUCCACUCCGCGCACCCCAGUGUUAUCAUUGAUGCGGAUGCCAUGUUUUCUGAAGACAUCAGUUACUUUGGUUAUCCCUCAUUUCGUCGUUCUUCUCUAUCCAGACUUGGCUCAUCACGAGUUCUCCUUCUUCCCUUAGAGAGAGACUCGGAGCUGUUGCGUGAGCGUGAGUCUGUUUUACGUUUGCGUGAGCGGCGGUGGCUUGAUGGAGCCUCUUUUGAUGCCGAAAGAGGCUCUACAAGCAGGGAAGGGGAGCUGCCCCUAGACAAGAAGAAUAUCCCUGUGCAGAGCCCCGUUUCUCUUGGGGAAGAGCUACAGUGGUGGCCUGAUAAGGAUGGGACAAAGUUUGUUAGCAUUGGUGCCCUCUACUCCGAGCUGGUGGCAGUGAGUUCCAAGGGAGAGCUGUACCAGUGGAAAUGGAGUGAAGCUGAACCAUACAGAAACUCUCAGAAUCCUUCCAUGCAUCAUCCCAGGGCUGCUUUUCUAGGGUUAAUGAGUGAUAAGAUUACUCUUCUUUCAGUAAAUAUUAUCAGAGCCACUGUUGCCACAGAAAAUAACAAGGUGGCAACUUGGGUUGAUGACACUCUCAGUACAGUAGCUUCUAAACUGGAGCACAGCACCCAGACCUUUCCUGAGCUACAGGGAGAGCGGAUUGUCUCCUUGCACUGCUGCGCUCUUUAUACCUGUGCGCAGCUGGAAAACUGUCUAUAUUGGUGGGGUGUUGUGCCCUUUAGUCAGCGGAAAAAGAUGCUUGAAAAGGCCAGGGCAAAGAACAAAAAGCCAAAGUCCAGUGCAGGCAUCUCUUCAAUGCCGAAUAUUACUGUUGGAACGCAGGUGUGUCUUCGAAACAACCCCCUUUACCACACUGGUGCGGUUGCCUUUUCCAUCAAUGCUGGUAUUCCCAAAGUUGGAGUGCUGAUGGAGUCUGUGUGGAAUAUGAACGACAGCUGUAGGUUCCAGCUCAGGUCACCAGAGAGUUUGAAAAACCUGGAGAAGACCAGCAAAGCUACAGAAACAAAGACUGAAAACAAACCUGAGUCUGUGAAGACUGAGAUGGGACCUCCUCCUUCCCCAGCUUCCACCUGUAGUGACACUUCUUCCAUUGCCAGCAGUGCAUCCCUGCCUUAUAAGCGACGGCGCUCAACCCCAGCACCUAAAGAAGAGGAGAAAGUGAAUGAAGAGCAGUGGUGCCUGAGAGAAGUUGUGUUUGUUGAAGAUGUGAAGAAUGUUCCGGUUGGAAAGGUACUAAAAGUCGAUGGUGCAUAUGUUGCUGUGAAAUUUCCAGGAACGUCUAACAGCGUGAGCAACCAGAGCACCUCCACUUCAGAGACUGAUCCCUCCUCACUACUGCAGGACUGCAGACUGCUGAGAAUAGAUGAACUACAGGUAGUGAAAACUGGUGGAACGCCAAAGGUUCCAGACUGCUUUCAACGGACUCCUAAAAAACUGUGUAUCCCUGAAAAAGCUGAAAUUCUGGCAGUGAAUGUUGAUUCUAAAGGGGUGCAUGCUGUGUUAAAGACUGGCAACUGGGUGAGAUACUGCAUCUUUGACCUGGCGACAGGAAAAGCUGAACAGGAAAAUAACUUUCCUACAAGCAGCCUUGCAUUUUUGGGACAGAAUGAGCGAAAUGUGGCAAUUUUUACUGCUGGGCAGGAAUCACCUGUCAUUCUCCGGGAUGGAAAUGGCACCAUCUACCCAAUGGCUAAAGACUGCAUGGGUGGUAUUAGAGAUCCUGAUUGGUUAGAUCUUCCGCCUAUCUCUAGCCUUGGCAUGGGAGUUCAUUCAUUAACCAACCUUCCUGCAAAUUCCACAAUCAAAAAGAAAGCUGCUAUUAUCAUAAUGGCUAUUGAAAAACAAACUUUAAUGCAGCACAUUUUGCGAUGCGACUAUGAAGCCUGCAGGCAGUAUCUAAUGAAUGUUGAGCAGGCUGUUCUGCUGGAGCAGAUACCUCAAUCCCUGAAUGCACUCCUUGGCCACAGAUGUGAUGGAAACCGCAAUAUCCUCCACGCUUGUGUAUCUGUGUGCUUCCCAACCAGUAAUAAGGAAACGAAAGAGGAGGAAGAAGCUGAGCGUUCUGAAAGAAACACGUUUGCAGAGAGGCUGUCUGCAGUUGAGGCUAUUGCCAAUGCAAUCUCAGUUGUGUCAAGCAACAGUUCUGCAAACCGAACUGGAUCGUCCAGUAGUAGGAGUCUGAGACUACGUGAAAUGAUGAGGCGAUCUCUAAGAGCUGCAGGCUUGGGUCGACAUGAGUCUGGACCUUCUUCCAGUGACCACCAGGACCCAGUGUCUCCUCCUAUCGCCCCACCCAGCUGGGUCCCGGACCCACCUCCAAUGGAUCCAGAUGGUGACAUUGAUUUUAUCCUUGCCCCUGCUGUGGGAUCUCUCACUACAGCAUCAGCUGGGACUGGCCAAGGCCCCAGCACAUCCACCAUACCAGGCCCUUCAUCUGAACCCUCAUUAGUGGAGUCCAAGGAUCGGAAAGCCAAUGCCCAUUUAAUACUCAAAUUGAUGUGUGACAGUAUGGGUCUUCGUCCAUAUCUCCGUGAAUUGCUUUCUGCUAAGGAUGCAAGAGGAAUGACUCCAUUUAUGCUGGCCGUUAGUGGGAGAGCAUAUCCAGCUGCUAUAACAAUUCUUGAAGCUGCACAAAAAAUAGCUAAAGGUGAGACUACAUCCAUUGAGAAAGAGGAUGCUGUAUUUACAGAAGUGAUCUGCCCACCUGGAACCAAUCCAGAUGAUUCUCCACUGUAUGUGCUUUGCUGCAAUGACACCUGCAGUUUUACAUGGACUGGAGCAGAACACAUCAACCAGGAUAUUUUUGAGUGUCGAACAUGUGGUUUGUUGGAGUCACUUUGCUGCUGCACAGAAUGUGCCAGAGUUUGCCACAAGGGACAUGACUGCAAACUCAAGAGAACAUCACCAACAGCAUACUGUGACUGCUGGGAGAAGUGCAAAUGUAAAACUUUGAUAGCAGGACAGAAGUCUGCACGUCUUGAUCUGCUCUACAGGUUGCUUACCACCACUAACCUUGUGACAAUGCCAAAUAGCAGGGGAGAACAUCUCCUUCUGUUUUUGGUGCAGACCGUGGCCAGGCAAACUGUAGAACACUGCCAGUAUCGACCCCCCCGAAUUAGAGAGGAUAGAAACCGCAAGGCUGCUAAUGCUGAAGAUUCGGAUAUGCCUGAUCAUGACCUGGAGCCUCCUCGUUUUGCCCAACUUGCCCUUGAGAGAGUCCUGCAGGACUGGAAUGCUUUGAAAUCCAUGAUCAUGUUUGGAUCUCAGGAAAACAAAGAUCUGUUAAGUGCAAGUAGCAAAAUAGGUCAUCUACUUCCUGAAGAGCAAGUAUAUCUUAACCAGCAAAGUGGGACCAUCAGGCUGGACUGUUUCACCCACUGCUUGAUUGUAAAAUGUACUUCAGAUAUAUUGCUUUUAGAUACUCUUCUAGGAACUCUAGUAAAAGAGCUUCAGAAUAAGUACACUCCAGGUCGAAGAGAGGAGGCGAUUAAUGUAACCAUGAGGUUCCUGCGCUCUGUCGCCAGGGUCUUCGUCAUUCUCAGUGUGGAGAUGGCAUCUUCAAAGAAGAAAAACAACUUUAUUCCGCAGCCUAUUGGGAAAUGCAAGCGUGUCUUUCAGGCCUUGCUGCCAUAUGCUGUAGAGGAGCUGUGUAAUGUAGCAGAGUCACUGAUUGUACCAGUCAGGAUGGGGAUUGCAAGGCCGACCGCUCCCUUCACCCUAGCUUGCACCAGCAUAGAUGCCAUGCAAGGCAGCGAAGAGCUGUUCUCAGUGGAGCCCCUUCCACCCAGGCCAUCACCUGAUCAGUCUAGCAGUUCAAGCCUAUCUCAGUCAUCGUAUAUCAUCAGAAACCCUCAGCAGAGACACAUCAGUCAGGCUCAGCCUGUCCGUGGAAGAGAUGAGGAGCGGGAUGAUAUAGUAUCUGCAGAUGUUGAAGAGGUUGAGGUUGUGGAAGGUGUUGCUGGAGAAGAGGAUCACCAUGAUGAACAGGAGGAGCAAGGGGAGGAGAACGCAGAGGGACAACAUGAUGAACAUGACGAGGAUGGGAGCGAUAUGGAGCUUGAUCUUUUGGCAGCUGCAGAAACGGAAAGCGACAGCGAAAGUAACCACAGCAACCAGGACAAUGCCAGUGGUCGAAGGAGUGUUGUCACAGCAGCCACUGCAGGGUCUGAAGCAGGUGCCAGCAGUGUCCCUGCCUUCUUUUCAGAGGACGAUUCCCAAUCCAACGACUCGAGUGACUCUGACAGCAGCAGCAGUCAGAGUGACGAUGUUGAUCAGGAGACCUUUAUGGUUGAUGAGCCACUGGAAAGGACCACCAACAGCUCCCAUGCCAACAGCGCUGCACAGGCUCCUCGCUCCAUGCAGUGGGCAGUGCGCAACACACAGAACCAGCGAACAACGAGCAGCGCCCCUUCCAGUACAUCUGCCCCAGCAGCCAGCUCUACAGGAUUAAUAUAUAUUGACCCAACUAAUCUGCGUAGAAGUGGAGCCAUCAGCACCAGUGCAGCUGCAGCAGCUGCUGCUCUCGAAGCCAGCAAUUCAAGCAGCUACUUGACCUCUGCCAGCAGUCUUGCCAGGGCCUACAGCAUCGUCAUCCGCCAGAUUUCAGACCUCAUGGGUUUGAUCCCCAAGUACAACCACCUGGUGUAUACCCAGAUACCUGCUGCAGUGAAGCUCACAUACCAGGAAGCUGUUAAUUUGCAGAAUUAUGUGGAAGAUAAACUUAUCCCCACUUGGAACUGGAUGGUCAGUAUCAUGGACUCCACUGAAGCUCAGCUGCGGUAUGGCUCUGCACUGUCUUCAGCUGGGGACCCUGGGCACCCCAGCCAUCCUCUCCAUGCUUCACAGAACUCUGCUAGGAGAGAGAGGAUGACUGCACGUGAGGAGGCCAGUUUAAGAACACUGGAGGGCAGAAGACGUGCCACAUUGCUAAGUGCUCGCCAGGGGAUGAUAUCAGCACGUGGCGAUUUCCUAAACUACGCCCUCUCUCUGAUGCGCUCUCACAACGACGAGCAUUCCGAUGUCUUGCCAGUUCUGGAUGUCUGCUCACUCAAACAUGUGGCGUAUGUUUUCCAAGCACUUAUUUAUUGGAUUAAAGCAAUGAACCUACAGACCAUACUGGAUACGCCUCAGCUAGAGAGGAAAAGAACUCGUGACUUGUUGGAGCUGGGCUUGGACAAUGAAGACUCUGAACAUGAAAAUGAUGAAGAUACGAAUCAGAGCUCUACCCUGAAUGAAAAGGAUGAUGACCCUGCCCCAGCAGAAAGCGGUCAGAACCAUGCUUUCUUCCGACGAUCAGAUUCCAUGACCUUCCUUGGUUGUAUCCCUCCAAACCCAUUUGAAGUAUCUCUGGCAGAAGCUAUACCCCUGGCUGACCAGCCUCACCUGUUACAGCCAAAUGCAAGAAAGGAAGAUCUCUUUGGGCGUCCAAGCCAGGGUCUGUAUUCCUCCUCUUACAGCACAAAAGGGCUGACAGAGGUGACUGUGGACAGAAACUGCCUUGAGGUUCUCCAACUAAGUCGCUUUUCAUACUCUGCCAAUAUGAAGAAUGUCAUGAGCAUGCAGUCUCGACAGAAAGCUGACGGCCAGACUUUGCCAGAAGGGGAGACGGAGAGCACAAAGCCUGGACCCUCUGCUCAUGACCUUGCAGCACAACUUAAGAGUAGCCUGUUGGCAGAGAUUGGGCUUACUGAGAGUGAGGGACCUCCACUGGCUUCAUUCAGGCCGCAUUGUAGUUUUAUGGGAAUGGUGAUAUCUCACGACAUGCUUCUCGGACGAUGGCGUCUAUCUUUAGAACUUUUUGGACGAGUAUUCAUGGAAGAUGUUGGUGCUGAACCUGGAUCGAUUUUGACUGAGCUUGGUGGCUUUGAAGUGAAGGAAUCAAAAUUCCGCCGGGAAAUGGAGAAACUGCGGAACCAGCAGUCAAGAGACUUGGCAUUGGAAGUGGAUCGGGACAGAGAUCUUCUGAUUCAGCAGACCAUGAGGCAGCUGAACAGCCACUUCGGCCGCAGGUGCACCACAACUCCCAUGGCAGUGCACAGAGUGAAGGUCACGUUUAAAGACGAGCCAGGAGAGGGGAGCGGAGUGGCUCGAAGUUUCUACACUGCUGUAGCGCAGGCAUUCCUGUCCAAUGAGAAACUUCCCAAUCUUGACUGUAUACAGAAUGUCAGCAAGGGAAUGCAGACUAGUAAUCUUAUGCAGCGACUGAGGAACAGAGACAGGGAGCGAGAAAGAAGAAGCGGUGGACUGCGAGCAGGUUCUCGUAGAGACAGGGACAGGGAUUCAAGGAGGCAGCUGUCAAUAGACACCCGGCCCUUCAGACCAGCAUUAGAAGGCAAUCCUAGUGAUGACCCUGACCCGCUCCCAGCACAUCGACAGGCACUUGGGGAGAGGCUUUACCCACGAGUUCAAGCCAUGCAACCGGCAUUUGCUAGUAAAAUCACAGGAAUGUUGUUGGAACUCUCCCCUGCACAGCUUUUGUUGCUUCUUGCUAGUGAAGAUUCCCUACGCGCCCGUGUGGAUGAGGCAAUGGAACUUAUUAUUGCACAUGGAAGGGAAAAUGGUGCUGACAGUAUAUUGGACCUUGGCUUGAUUGAUGCUUCUGACAAGACACAGCAAGAGAGCAGAAAACGACAUGGCUCCAGUCGCAGUGUGGUGGAUAUGGAACUGGAUGAUACAGAAGAUGGUGAUGACAAUGCACCACUUUUCUAUCAACCUGGAAAACGAGGCUUCUAUUCACCGCGGCCAGGCAAGAGCACAGAGGCACGGCUUAAUUGCUUCCGAAACAUUGGCAGAAUACUUGGGUUAUGCCUGCUUCAGAAUGAACUGUGCCCUAUAACAUUAAAUAGGCAUGUUAUCAAGGUGUUAUUAGGUAGAAAGGUUAAUUGGCACGAUUUUGCUUUCUUUGAUCCCGUGAUGUAUGAGAGUUUACGGCAACUAAUCCUGGCUUCUCAGAGUGGGGAUGCGGAAGCAGUCUUUGCUGCAAUGGAUCUGGCAUUCGCAGUUGACCUCUGUAAAGAGGAGGGGGGAGGACAGGUGGAACUUGUAUCCGGUGGUGUAAAUAUACCAGUUACUCCUCUGAAUGUAUAUGAAUAUGUCCGGAAAUAUGCAGAACACCGGAUGUUGGUGGUUGCAGAGCAGCCUCUCCAUGCAAUGAGGAAAGGACUGCUGGAUGUACUUCCUAAAAACUCCCUUGAAGACCUUACAGCUGAGGAUUUCAGGCUACUGGUGAAUGGCUGUGGAGAAGUGAACGUGCAGAUGCUCAUCAGCUUUACUUCCUUUAACGAUGAAUCCGGAGAAAAUGCUGAGAAGCUUUUGCAGUUCAAGCGUUGGUUUUGGUCCAUUGUAGAGAAGAUGAGCAUGGCUGAAAGACAAGACCUGGUUUACUUCUGGACAUCAAGCCCAUCGUUGCCUGCUAGUGAGGAGGGAUUCCAGCCCAUGCCAUCCAUCACAAUUCGACCCCCGGAUGACCAGCACUUGCCAACUGCAAAUACUUGUAUCUCCCGCCUCUAUGUGCCACUCUAUUCCUCCAAACAGAUUCUCAAACAAAAACUGUUACUAGCCAUUAAAACCAAGAACUUCGGUUUUGUGUAGAAUGACAAAGACAUAUGUUUACUGUUGUGUAAUAUUACUAGUUACAGUUUUGUAGAUUAUUCUUUUUUUUAUUUGUCUACACAAUGUUAUGGAAGUUGAAGCUGUCAAUCCCUGGUAGUACUCUUUUCUGAAUAAGCAUACAUUCCUGCAUUGGGUUUGUAAAGAUAAAAGCCCACUUAUCUUGGCUCUACCAGUUUUGACUGUAACCUCCCAGGUAUUUGGCUAGACAGUAAACUGUUGGCCUGACCCCAGCCAAAGAUGACAGCAAAAAUGUGUAAUUUACACUGUGAUUAUAAUUUCUUUAUUUUAUUAUAUUAUUUUAUUAUAUUUUAUGUUUUUGCCCAAAAACAAAAUACUUAAUAUUUCUGGAACUUCACUGCUGCCUUUCUGGAAGGUUUCGUGAGUUUAUCUUGUAUAGAGGAAGUAGAGAAUUUCAAAAUAAACUUGAUGAAAAACAUGUCUUAUGUUUCUGUCCUGGUUGAACUUCCAGAUUUGAUUUGUUGUAAUGUAUUUCCUGCAACUAUAAAUGCACUCAUUUAAUCUGCAGUGGUUUUAGAUAUGUAUUUUAGGAUAUUAAGACUAGUAAAAAACAAAAUAAUUAAUGUUUUUUUUUACUGAAAAAGUACAAUAGUACAUUUUUUGUGGCAUUUUUUUUUCAUAAGUUAGCUUUGAAUACCCUCCCACCCCCCUCCCAAAGUACUGUGUAAAAUAAAUAAAUAAAUAAAUAAAAUGUAA